AUUGAUAUCUUCGAUAAAUACUAGUAAUAUCAUCUACCGUGCUGGCAUCUUUUUCAGACGCAUGUGUUCCAUGUGAAAAUGGAGUUAAGCCGGAUUUAGUAAAAAUAGAAAACGGUUGGGGCGAAGUGAAAGGGGUGCCGGCUUCCGAAAAAAACACAAACACGCAGAUCGGUCAUAGGCACAAAUUAAUUUCGUAAUUGCUGUAUAGAAAAGAUUCAAUUAUUGUUUGAUACAAACAAUAAGGGAGGAGGGGAUGGAGUGAUGUUAACUCUUAUAAUUGCCUUUACGGUGUAUAUGUGUGCUAUUUGCUUACUAAUAAUGUGAUGUAAUUGUGCGCUGGUAAAAGUUCCCGUGUAUACCAAAUUUUUCAGAAAAAGCUGACAAAUUUUGUUUCAAAUUAAGUGGCAUGUUCUUUUAUCACACUUGCUCUUUUUCCUUGAUUUGCUCCUAUCUACAAUUGGUCCAUAUCAAACUAUUAAAGUAAGUACUAGAUUGAUAAAUUGGCUAAAACAACCAAGGUCUACAGUAUUUAUUACUUGCAACCGAAAUUUGAGGUAUUAAUCCAAAUUUAGUUUUGUCACAUUUUAGCAACUCAUUGUUUUUGCACACCGACUCCUGAAGUGUUCAAGCAUUCAUUUAGUUCGUCUACAAGACAUUGGGUUAGAUAUACUCUGUUUAUUCCAUCAAGCCACGUUUCAAGUUUGAUAUAUUCAAGAAAAUCCCUGUGGCUUAAAUUUGGUAAUUGGCUGCCACUUCGAUCCGAUCCGCAAUUAAAAAUUAAAACUGACCGCAUUUAAUACAAAGAAAUUUCUACAGAUAUAUAUAUUUUUUUUUGAUCCCUAGCAAAAUUUUACUGGAGAAUACAAUUACCGUUAUUGGUGUGCCCCACAAACAAGCAAGGGAAAUUGAGGCUAAACUAAAUUUUUUUUUAAUUCAAUUUGUCAGCACGUUUAGUUAUUCUCCUAUUAACAGUGAAAUAUAACGUAUCAUACCAACACCUGAACUGGUAUCAUCACAGGUGAAUCGCGUGUAACGAACACUUGUUAAAAAAUAGAUUUUUUUUUUGGGGAAACACCGUGGUUUCUAAACUGUCGUCAAUAUGGGUGCAUUCAAAGAUCUUUUCAGUGGUAGUAGUUCCCGCUCAAAUUCUUCAGGUUCUACACCAAUAGUAGGUGAACGUCCAUCCAUAAGUUCCAUUAAUUCCACAUCAUCACGUAAGUCAUUUUUCAAGAAUAAAAGUUCCUCGUCAAUCACCCCAUUUCUGACACGAAGUUCGAAUUCAAACCAGUGGAGUUCUAACGGUGAUCAAGAAAAUGAAAGAGAUAGCUACAAUAACUAUCAUGUAAAGAAUCCGCUGGCCACAUCUAUGAAAGGAAGUACAAGUGUAAGUAGUACUUCAACCACGUCAAGUAUUAAGCGACCAUCGUUGCGUAGAUUUAUCAAAAAAUUUAAACCUGGAGAACGAACCAAAAACUUAGUAUCUGGUAAGCCAGAUGCUUUAUCAGCCAAUUCCGAGUUGUUCGCCAAGUACGGAACGCCAGGAAAGCUAUUAGGAACUGGAGCCAGUGGUUCUGUCAAUUUAUUAUCUGACAAAAACGAUUCUACUAAGAUAUACGCGGUGAAGAAAUUUAGAAGUAGAUUAUCAGGAGAAUCUCAAAGUGAUUAUGAGGUUAAAGUGAAGAAUGAAUAUACUGUGGGUGAUUUCGCGAAACAUGAAAAUAUCAUUACAACAUAUGAAUUAAUUAAAGACUUUUCCCACGUCACUCUGAAAAACCUUGAUCCUGAUUAUUAUAUUGUCAUGGAAUAUUGUCCAUUUGAUUUCUUUAACUUGGUAAUGAGUGGGCUAAUGGAUAUUAAUGAAGUAUAUUGUUACUUUAAACAGAUUUCCAAUGGUGUUUGGUUUCUUCAUGAGAAUGGGAUUGCACAUCGUGAUUUGAAAUUGGAUAAUUGUGUAGUUAAUCAUUUGGGAAUUUUAAAGUUGAUUGAUUUUGGAUCAGCAGUUCUGUUUAGAAAACAAGUACCACAAGAUUAUAUUGUCCAGGACGAUGAUGUCAUGUUAAGACAUGAUUUUAAAUUGGUUAAGGCUAAGGGUAUUGUUGGAUCUGAUCCUUAUUUAUCACCAGAAGUUUUAGAGCCAGGUAACGGAUAUGACCCUCGAGCAGCCGAUGUUUGGUCCAUUGCAAUUAUAUUCUGUUGUAUGAUUCUUAAACGCUUCCCCUGGAAAAUCCCCAAAAUGUCCGACCCUUCUUACAGAUCAUUCCUCGGUAACGCAUUAUUAAAUGGUAAUCAUGAAGAAACUAAAAUGGAACAAGAUUUGAAUAACUUAAGUCUUGAACAAGAAAAAAUCAACGAACUGCAAUUAAUUAAACAAGAAAAUGGACAAUCAAGUCAGCGCCAACAUGCAAGUGGUGAAGAUAGGUUGUUACGCCUUUUACCUACAAAAUCAAGACAAGUUAUUAAAAAUAUGCUUACUAUUGACCCUAAGAGAAGAUAUCAAAUGAACCAAGUAAUAGAUGAUGAUUUUGUACAAAGUAUUGCUGUCUGUUCAACGACUGAAUUGGGUGAAUUUGGUGGUGUUGAAUUAGUUCGAUCAGCGCAUGGAGAUCCUCAUCAUCUAGUCACAGAAGAAGAUUUACAAAAGCUUCAAGAAGAGAAGGAAAAGAUGAAGAGGUUGAAAGAGGUUGGAAUAGCAUGAUUUUAGUGUAGAAUGAUAUAUUACCUAUAUACCUUCAGUUUAGUGUAGAUUACAUUUAGCAAUGUGAUGCUCUGGAUGCACCAUCUAGAGCUUGUGUACUAAACAUUAUGCCAUGUGUGAUGGGAACAGCAGAAUCUUAAUUAACGAUGACGA